AGAACAACAACAUUGACAAUCACAAAAGGAAUGGCAUAAAUUGUGUAUAUAGCUAACAAUCUGAACCGACAAGCUUUGCAUUUUGCAUGGUUUUGGAUUAAGCAUUAUCUAUAAAUUUUAACACGUUAGGUAGAUGCGUUUUUGCCAUAUUACUAGACAAAUGCCUGCAGCUGUACAACAAUAACUCCACAGAAUCGGCUUAAUAGUGGCGGUACCCAGUAAUGUGCUGUGGUACUGCUACAUUCAGAUUCAGCCGCUGUUGUUUCUAAGUAAUAUGUGCACUAGUCGCAUUAGCAGACACGGUAUUUGAUGGAAAUGCUACAUGCUCCGUCCAUGUUUCCUGGGGAGGACUUUUAACGUCGCAAAGCAAACAUCAUGAGGGCGAAAGUUACCGGUGGUUGCUCACCACCGCAGUAAUUCACAUACCUUUAAACAGCUUGAAGGCAUAUAUUAGUUGCUUUUAAUUCUUUCUCUAUGUAUCGAUAUGAAACUGCUUUUUCUGGCCUGCCUUAGUCCACAAACGGGAAACUGUACUACUGCGGAAAGGAUCAGAGGACACAUAGAGUCGGCAGGGCACACCUGUGUUCUCCGAGAUGUCGCAGAUUUCAAGUCCCCGGGCGAUGUGGAGGCGCUGAUGAAACGGGAGCCACCUUGCGAGGGCGUGCUGGCCAUUCACCUGUAUAAAGGAGGCCAGUUUCUCUUAGGAUGCCAGGCGCCCUUCGGGGUCAUUUUCGGUGGGACGGACCUCAACGAGGACGUAAAGGACAACAAGAAGCUAGCUGUUAUGGAGCAGGUUCUGAAAAAAGCCAGGUUUGCUGUUGCAUUCUCUCACAAGCUAAAAGAAGUGGCUGAAUUGCUUUGGCCGACCCAGAGCAGUAGAGUCCAUGUCCACCCACAAGGGGUGGAGACCAGGGUGGCCAUGGGGUUCAACUGGGACGACUUCCUGAGGAGUGCAGGGGUGAGCGCCAUCGCCGAGGACCUGCGCGUCUUCCUGCUCGUCUGCGGCCUGCGGAGGGUGAAGGACCCACUCUACCUGCUGGAGGCCUUCUCCGAGUGGCACGCCCAGGAUCAGUCGGUGAUCCUCAUCAUCAUCGGGCCGAAGGUCGAUCCCGUGUUUGCUGGGGAAGUAGAAGAGAGCCUCAGGAGGUCCACGGGCGUCUUCCUGGCUGAAGAGAGGAGUCAGGAGGAGCUGCACGCCGCCCUGAGAAGGUCCUUCGCCCUGGUCAACAGCUCCGUCUCCGAGGGAAUGUCGGCAGCCAUCUUGGAGGCCAUGGACCUCGAGGUGCCCGUGGUGGCCAGGGACGUGCCGGGAAACGCCGCCAUCGUGCGCCAUGAGGGCACCGGCCUGCUUUACUCCACCCCCCAGGAGUUUGUGGCCCUGUCGCAGAGACUUCUGGGAGACCGGCGGCUGGCAGAGCACAUGGUGCGGAACGCAAAGCGUUACGUGUCGGAGUACCACAGCUCGCUCGCCGAAAGGACGGCCUACCAGCGGCUGGUGGAACUUCUCCACUGAGCCAAAGACACCGACGACCCCCCCCCUUCCCUACUGGCCAUCAAGACCCAGAGCUACAGGAGUGUGGGAAGAUCAGCUGCCCAUAUGACUGACCUUUUAACCUCACUUAACCCACCCCCCCAAAUCCCCAGUCUCCUUAAGCCAAGCCUAACAUAGGGUGGGGGACUGACUGCUGAUUGUCCAGCUACUUUGUUUAAUCUUGGGGAGAGUUUACAAACAUAAACAGGAUCCAACCCUUAAGGACCAACACGAGAAGAUUGGAUGCAUUCAGUCUAGACCACACGGGUUCUCUAAACUGUGACGGCUUCAUCCCGAAGGUUAUCUCAUCUCAGGGGGACUCGGCAGCAUCAUUAAUGACACACACCCCCCCAACCCCUCUAAUAAAU